AUGGUGGAGACGGGAACGCCGACGAGCGCGCUCGUGCUCACGCCUCUAUCUCCCCCUUCUCUCUCCCUCAACCACCAUGAUCCAGAUACACAAGUACAUGCGAGGCAGAGAGACAGGAGCAAUAUCCGGGAUGAUUCGGGCGAGCGCCUCACGUCCGCGAAACCGCCUGGGUGCCUUGGCAUCAUUCAACCGCCGCUAAGCUCCAUCUGCAACAAACUCGAGCGGCCCCGCCUCAAGUCUCCGUCAGCGGCCCCGGUCGUGCAGAUCGUAGGGAACUUCGCCCCCAUCGGUGAGCAGUCGCCGACUUCAUCUCCAACGACUCCGGCGAAGACAGGCGACACCAGAGCGCGAGUCACAGAGAUCACCAUCAUCACUGUGUCCGACAGCAGGGUCUCAUGCCUCGUGUUUGGGACCAGAAAGGCAUCGUUCCUCUUGGAGGUGCCGCUCGGCGUCGCUGUCUCGCUCUUCGACAAGGGCCAUAGCAGGGGUCACACCGUUGAUAUCUGCGUCGUGAUCCUGGAGCGCCUGAAUCCUGUCGUACACACCCGCUAG